CGGAGACGAAGAUGGCGGACGAACUCGACAGAGUACGGAUUUCAGCCGCGGAACUGCGAGCUAAAGCGUCGACGUACGAUGACAACGAACAAAAUCUUUUAGCCGAAGAGGCGGCGGAUGAGCAGGAGGAGAGUUCUGGUCGUCGAAUGUGUGAAGGGAAGCGACCGGACCUCCAGCGCUACCGUCCACCCACUGGUCAGAGUCAGCGAUGCCACGGUAGAGAAAGAGACAGAGACAAGGGCAGGGAUGUUGAGGGGGGCGGGCCCCCAGACUUCAGGCACAGGGACAACCAGAGGGAGAUUGGGAAGGAGGAAGCAAGGAAGAGUUUUCCUCAGACUGCAGAUGUGGAGAUGGAGAAAGAGGUUGCAAUAGAUGCAGAACAUGGUGUCACUGUUCUUCAAAGCCUGGACACAAUAGUUAACCAUAAUGUUGCUGUCUUGAGUGAAGAUGACUGUGGAACCAGCACUGUUUCAGCAGUCUUCGAAACGACUAAUCAUUGCAUGGAUAUGGAUCAAGACUUCCAGCCAGAGUCACAGCAUAGCACCAUUCCUGCUGGAAUGGUUGACUCCGGAAGUUGCUGCAGGGAUGAAGAGAAGCAAACCCAGCCAAUUCAUGGGUCUGAUCCAGCAAAACCAGUGGACUCCACAGAUCCUGUUACUGCCACAACUUACAGGUCCAAGUCUCCCAAACCAGUUCGGAGAACUCGCAAGCCAGACCGUGAGAUUUACCAGCCUGGUGGGAGAAGAUUGCAGCAGCAGAGCUUGAAAGAUGCAGCCUUGAGUAAAGAGUCAGAGAGAACAGACAGAGAAGAAGUAAAGAAAAGUCUUUUUCCAGUGAGGAACAACAGAUCAAUGGAGGAGAGAGGAGGUGAAAAAGAAAAGGAAGAUGCCAGUGAGAAAGAGGGGAAGGUUAAAGGUAAGCUGGACAAAGAAGCAAAUGGAAAAAAGGAACCAAAAAUUGUCCUGCCUGGGAAGGUUCGAGGGAUAAAAGAAGUGUGUACCAAACCAACUCCUAUAGACAGCCUGACCAGUGCUGUAGGAAAGAUUAAAGUUUCAGAGACAGGAGAUGAAGAGCCCAAAAAGAUGGGGAAAAGGGGUGGUGUAGAGGAUGAAGGAGGGGGCAGGCGAAGGAAGACAGGAGUGGAGGGAAAGAGGAACCGGGCAGAUGGGGGCAGAGCUGAUGGAGACACUCUUGGUGUGGUUAGGGUUGGUGGAGGUAGAGGUUGUCAACGUGAACUCAGUGGAAGUGUGGCUGAUAAGAAAGAGAAAGGAAACAGGAGGAACAGAGGAAGGGACCGAGAGGUUGAUAAGGAGGAAAAAAAGAGAGGCAGGGGAGUGGAGGAUAGAAAGGAAGUGGAACCAGAGGAAAGAAGAGUAAAAGAACGAGAAAAGGAGACUGCAAGAGAUGCUGGAGGAGUGAAAGGCAGAGCAAGGGAGGGGGACAGGUUGAGGGAGAGAUGCAAGGAUGGUGAGGUUGAGUGGGUGAAGGAUACAGAGUGGCAACGUACCCAGGACGAAAGUGGGAGGCUCCAACAUGGAGGCAACACUAAAGCAUACACAGCAUCCAAGCGCUAUUCCAAAUCUGACAAGCGCUGCUCAAGGACCCGGACCUAUAGCACCAGCUCAGCUAGCAGUGGCACCAGCAUGGAUGGGCCAGGUGAUGUGGAACGACGUAGGGGUCAAUUAGAGUUUGGUCGGGAGUGGGGGGAAGGGAAUGGAGGGAUUGUGGAUAGAGGGAGAGAGUGGGGAGACUGGGGCAAGAAACAACAGUGGAAGAAAUCUACAAAGGAUUUCUCUUCAACCGAUUCACUGGAGGAGAGUGAGACAGGACAUGAUGCAAGGAGGAGGAAGCAGCGAGAAAGAGGAAGGUACAGGGAUGAAAACAGGAGUCCAGACAAGAGAGCUGGGGUAGGUGGCAGAGGCUGCAGAGGAGGUGUGGGAGGAUGGAACAUUGAAGAAGGCCAAAAAAUACCUUUUGACAAGCAGUCUGACUCGACUCAGUCAGUUGCAGCAGCUGGCAAUGAGUCGCAUCGGUGGCAAGAGGCUGGCACUAGAAGCCGAGGAAGAGGCAUUCUUAUACUUCCUGCCCACACUGACUUUACCCUGCCACCAGAUCCUAGCCCACGCCAACUGAUUGGAGGUGGGAGAGGGGCAAUGGGACUGGGGCGGGGAAGGGGAGGCCGUGGAGGAGCCUCCAGGAGACUGUGGGACCCCAACAACCCAGAGCAGAAACCAGCUCUUGCACGUGGUCAGCAGGCCCAGCAGCAGCCUUUGCAUAUACAGCAGCAGGGUGGGUAUGGUCAGCUGCACUUCCUGGACACCGAUGAUGACAUUGCAGGGAGUCCCCCUGUCCGUCACACCUCCCAACAGUCUGCGCCUGGUAAUGCAGCCACUAUGGCUUACUACAAGUUUCAGAAUUCUGACAAUCCUUACUACUACCAGUCUUCAAACAGCACGGCCCGCUACACUUACCCUUACCACAUCCCCUACCAAAUGCCUGAUUCCAAUGGUAUAUACCCCUCGGCUGCUGCCCCCUUCUAUGCGGCAUAUGGACAGUCUCCUGGCUCUCAAGGCUAUACUGCUGCACCUGCACUAACCCCUGAGGAGGCAGAGGUGCAGACCAGAGGCGAGUUGGGGAAGCUGUUACGGAUAGCUGACAACCAGGAGCUGCAGCUCAGUAACUUGCUUUCUCGGGACAAGCUGAGCCCAGAGGGCCUGGAGCGCAUGAUGAAACUCAGGGCAGAGCUUCUGGCACUCUAUGAGCGUGUCAUUCUGACAGACAUAGAAUUCUCAGACUCUCAAAACCUGGACCAGGCUCUUUGGAAAAACGUAUUCUACCAGGUCAUCGAGCGGUUCCGGCAGCUAUUGAAAGACUCUACCGGCAACAAUGAAACCCACAUCAGGAACGUGCUCCUCAAGCUGCUGGAUGAGGGGGUUGUGUUCUUUGACACCCUACUACAGAAACUACAGGUGGUAUUCCAGUUCAAGCUGGAGGAUUACAUGGAUGGUGUGGCAAUCCGUACCCGCCCACUCCGCAAGACUGUAAAGUAUGCCCUGAUCAGUGCCCAGCGGUGUAUGAUCUGCCAGGGUGACAUAGCCAGGUACCGUGAGCAGGCAUGUGACUCGGCCAACUAUGGCAAGGCGCGCAGCUGGUAUCUGAAGGCCCAGCAUAUAGCUCCUAAGAAUGGUCGACCCUACAAUCAGCUGGCUCUGCUGGCUGUCUACACGAAGCGGAAGCUGGAUGCAGUUUACUACUACAUGCGUAGCCUGGCUGCCAGCAACCCCAUCCUGACUGCCAAAGAGAGCCUGAUGAGUCUGUUUGAGGAGACCAAGCGGAAGGCAGACCAACUGGAACGCUGCCAACAAAGGGAACCAGAAGGAGCUUGUCAUGGCCCCCGGACAAGUAGUAGCCGACGUGGAGAUGAACCAGCCCGGGUGGAAAUCUGGGUGCGCCCCAGUGGAAGAUCUGGCUCUGGGUCAGGGGCUGCAUCACGUACCGGCAGUGAGUCCGGUAGAGAGUCAGAGCAAGACGGUGAGCUGGGGACACUCAGUGCCAGUGAUCUGAACAAGAGGUUCAUCUUGAGUUUCUUGCAUGCUCACGGAAAGCUCUUCACCAAAGUCGGCAUGGAGACUUUCCCAGGUGUGGCCAGUCGUGUCCUACAGCAGUUCCGUGCCCUGCUUCAGCACAGCCCCUGCCCGCUGGGAAACACACGCAUGCUGCAGAUUGUCACCAUCAAUAUGUUUGCUGUGCACAACGCCCAGAGCAAGGAGGGCCGGAGCGAGAUGCGUUCAGUGCUGGAAGAACAGACUACUGCUCUAGGACUUGCCAUCUUUGCCCUGCUGGUACAACGAUGCACAGAGCUACUGGGGAACACACCUGGAGCUCAUUGUGUACAGGACAGUAGCAAUUAUGAGCUCGGUGAUGACGGACAGGUAUUAGAGACCCAGGACAUGGUGCGAGUGUCAGAUUUCCUCCCUGACCUGAGGGAGCUUCUGCCCAGUGUGAAGGUCUGGUCUGACUGGAUGCUGGGCCACCCUGAGCAGUGGAACCCCCCUCCCAGUGAUUUACCCCUGCCUUGCAGGAACAGUCCAGAUGUGUGGCAGUGCCUGGCAGACCUGUGCAAUGCACUGGCUAAUGUGGACCAUGGGGAGGCACCGCUCUACAAAGCGGAUGGAGAUGGUGAGGGUGACGAGGAUCUGCAGCUGCUUGUUUUGGAGGAGGACCGGCUGCUAGCAGGCUUUGUGCCUCUGCUUGGUGCCCCACAAGAGCCCUGCUACACAGAGAGAGGCAGUGACACUGGCAUUGCUGCAGACUGCAAACGGGUGACGGUGCUCAAGUACUUCCUGGAGGCUCUGUGUGGGCAGGAGGAGCCGCUGCUGGCUUUCAAGGGUGGAAAGUAUGUGUCCAUGGCGGCGCGCCCGCCCCCCAGCCUGGGAACGGAAACUGAGAGCCGCCAGGGAAAACAGGCAGACAAUCAGCAGGAUGAGGAUGUGAUUGUGGAGGCGGAGUCAUCACAGUCAGAGGGAGACGUUGAGGGCGAUGGCAGCGCCACUGAGGAUGACAUUCGAGAACUGCGGGCACGACGACAUGCACUGGCGCACAAGCUUGCUCUGCAACAGAAACGACAGGACAAGAUUCAGGCAGUGCUCCAGACGUGCCGGCAACUGGAAAUAGAGAUCCGGCCGGUCUUCUUGGUACCUGAUACCAACUGCUUCAUCGACCACCUGGCUGGACUGCAGAACCUUCUGGCCUGUGGCCUCUACAUUCUUGUAGUUCCCCUUAUUGUCAUCACAGAGCUGGAUGGACUGGCACGAGGGCAGGAGCACCGUGGGGGUGGUGGUGGCAGCGUAACCGGGACCCGAGGGUUGCAGGAGCGAGCAAAGAUCGCAGUCAACUUCCUGGAGCGAGGAUUCGAAACUCGAGAGCCCUGCCUUAGGGCCAUGACCAGCCGGGGCAGCCAACUGGAAUCUAUUGCCUUCCGUAGUGAGGACACCUCUGGACAGCAGGGUAACAACGAUGACCUGAUACUGUCAUGUUGUCUCCACUACUGCAAAGACAAGGCCAAGAACUUUAUGCCGACAAAGCCAGAUGAGCCAGUACGUCUUCGCAGGGAGGUGGUUCUCCUGACAGAUGACCGUAACCUGCGGGUCAAGGCCCUCACCCGGAAUGUCCCAGUGAGGGACAUCCCUGCCUUUCUGAAGUGGGCGAAGGUGGGUUGAGCUUGAUAUCACCACAGCCAUAUGCGAAGGAGUAAUGUCAGAGAAGGAACAACCACCCAACCAACUCAGAGGGGAAGCGAGGAAGAAACAGCGCUGACAGAGCGUGGAGAAGAAGAGUAUGGUGGAACCAUUUUUAACACCAAGAGAAGAACAGCUUUUUGUUUUUUUUCCCUCUGAGUAGAAGGAACAGCCACACCUUACUCCAGAUCAGGGUGAGCUUGUAUGGGUUUUAGGACAGAAGGACCAAGAGAGGGAUGAGCCUGAGAAGAGAUGGGGAGAAGGGGGGAGGAGGUGGUGUGGGAGCACUUGGAGAGCAGGAGGCAAGAUGCAUUCAGCGCAGCCCCCCACCCCACUCACUCAGACCAGCUGUUUUCCACCGAGCGAUCCUCUUCUGGUAUAUGUGACCUGUGGGAGUGGGAAUGGGCCGGGCUGGCCUGUGGGUUGAGUCAGGGUGAAGCUGGUAAGGGUCUGGUUCUGGGAAAGACAAUUCCCAAUGUUAGUCACCGGGGUGACCAAGAAACAGGCAAGGGGAGGUAGAGGAUACCACAGCAAGCGUUGCAGAACAGGCUCAUAGCUGCUGUUUGUCAGCUUUUAUUUGCUUUGUUCCCAGUGUUGCUUGUGCCGUUUGAGGGCUUGAAAUGAAAUCUUUGUGCUUUGUCAUUUUAUUUUAAUUAGUUUGUAUGUGUAUAUACAUUUUUUUAUUGCGUGUUUUCAACUGCAGAAUUUAGGUCUUCUUUUGAGUAGUUCGACGGGUACUUGGACCCCUAUCAUUUCAACUAAUCCGUCCUGUUAAUCAGUGCAAACUAAACCCACUAUUAACACCUCUGACAAGACUGCACUUUUCAUCAGUUUUUUUAGUAACGUGGAUGAACAUGCAGACAGUGGACAGGGAUUGAGUCAAAGAAGGGUAGGACUGGAAAACAAACCUGAUCAACAGGUGGGCUGCAUUUUAGCAGCUCGAAAUUUAAUCUUAAAGCAACAAAGAUCGGCCCAUAUUCAAAAAUAUUAAAGCAGAAAUGCGCUCGUACAUACCUGCAUUUUUUUCUGGCACAUGCAGUUACAUACUGUCUAAUUAUUAGAUGUGCAUAGAAACUUCUUUUGGAGUCCUGCCCUGUUGUGUACCAGGUAGUUGUUUUUAUCUCUUACAGCAAUGUGUCUGUUUGCGGUGUGUUUUAAUCUGCUAUUUGGGAGCUUCAACUCAUCUCCCCUCUAUUCCUCAGUCCUUUAGGCUGCAGCAGGUUUCCAUUCAGCAGGGUGAGUUCCCCUCAUUACUUUGCCGCAGCCUCUUCGGGCUGGAUCACCCACACUGAAUGGAAGUAGUCACAGAACAGCUGUGUAGUUGCAUAUGGGUGUGUGUGUUUGUGGGUAUGUGGGUUUGUGAGUAGAACAAAGUGUGAGAAUUACAUGUGUGAGAAUGAAGGAGUGUGAAUGCGUGUAUGUGAGAGAGAAAUGAAUGUUCCAGUGUUUGUGUGUGGCUUCUGUGUGUCCACUGCAGCUUGUAGGCUGGAGAAGAGAAGGGACAUUGCAGUUCUGCCUACCCCAAUGCCCACACUGCCACCCAUUGACAUUAUCCAGUUGACUCAGGGCAUCAAGGGCUGCCUAACACUCGACACCACAGACCUUUUGCAUUUCUCAUGGAACAAGCAGGGUGGCACGCGGGGGUCCUGCUCUUUCAGAAUUUGGUUACAAGCAAGGGGCACAGCGACACCCCCAGCCCCUCCCAUCUUCCUUCCUGUCAGCCUUGCUGUCUUGCCGUGCACAGUGUGUGAGAGGGUACAGCAGCCUCUUUGGUUUGCGUUUGUUGCAAACAUUUAAAAAAAAAAAAAAAAAAAAAAAAGCAUCACUUUGGACUGGUUCUUCACUAUAAGAAAGUGGCUCCAAGCAUCCCAGGAAAAUAACCUGCAACUUAUUUUCACUUAUUUUUUCGAGUGUCCCUCUCCUCAGGCAUUAGCUCACACUUCUCUUUAAGCACUUAAAGCUAAGCUGCUGUUUUCAUUGCUACAUAACAUGCGUAAUUACUGUAGCCCUGCAAUGUAUGUUCCGGCUUGAGUGCUGCCAGUGCUCUUGUGAACGAAGAUGAUUUUUCUUUAAUCCAGGCUGCGCUAGCACUGUUUGUAACACCCACCUCUCUCCAGGCAUCUAUUUUUAAAUAGUGAUUUUAUUA